AUGGAGCUCUGGUUCGUAUCCAUGUGCUUCUGCCUCACGGUUGUCUUCAACCAAGCUUCCGCUAUCAGCGGAGGGGCGUCUGUUCCGACUGUGCCGAGGGUUGGAAGGAAAGAGAAACUCGACCUUCCAGGAACCGUGCCCAAGACUCCAAAGACCUUCCGAAGCCCGCUCGGCUCGUGUCAGUGCGUGCUUCCUGCACUGCAGGAGUUUGGCUUCUUUUACUACAAGGUGUCGCCUCUUCUGACCAAUCUUUCUUCCUGCUUUGCUCUUGCAGAUGAUUGCUGGCAAGCCGACUCUAGAGAUUCUCAGGGCCGCCUGGUGGCAUCUCCGGCCUCCUUCCCGUCUGGCAUGAAGGCGCUAGCAGACUAUGUGCACAGCAAGGGGCUCAGGCUGGGGCUCUACUCCGAUUCGGGGCUUAAAAACGCUAUUCUCAAAUCCACUUGCCUCUGCUGCUCUACUCCCCCGCCCGACCCCUCCCUUUCCACUGACCUUCGCAGGAAGCGCACGUGUUCAGGCAAGCCAGGGUCACUCGGGCAUGAGGCGAUUGACGCCCUCACCUUUGCUGAAUGGGGAGUGGACUAUGUCAAAUAUGACAGCUGCUACGACGAUGGAGCUCCCACCAAGAGAAGCUCAGCUCUGUGGGCGUAUGGGUUGGCAGAUCCCUGGCGCACCACCCUUGGCACUGAUGACAAAUGGAGGAGCGUGACUUGGGUUUCGGAUGCCAACAACAAGUGGGCCAAAUACGCCGACCCUCGCAACUGGAAUGACCUGGACAUUCUUCAAGUUGCGAAGGGCGCCAUGAGCGAGACAGAGCACCAUGUGCAAUUCAAUCUCUGGGCCAUCAUGAAGGCGCCACUCCUGCCGGCCUGCGCUCUCUCUGCGGAUUCACAGCCAGCCAUGAGCAUACUCAGCACCGACGAGGCUAUUGCCCUCAACCAAGAUUCAUUGGGAGUGCAAGCACAGGAGGUGCAACUAUUCAAGGAAUCCCCAGUGAAGGUCUGGGUGGGUUCUCUGUCUGAGGGCCGGAAAGUGGUGGCAUUGGUGAACCGUGGUGGGAAGAGCGAGAAUGUGACUGUCAGUUGGGAAGAAAUUGGGCUGAAUCCGGAGCAGCGGAUGCAUGCACGAGACCUGUGGAAGGUACGUGUGUCCGCACGCACCAUGUCUCUACACUUCCCUGCGUCCCCUUCUCACUCCUAA